AUGAGUGACGUGACAACUGCCAUCACGUCCGCUUGUGCCUACAAGUCGCGCGAUGAUGAGCAAGUAGGGACUGCCGCUACAGCUUCGGGAUCCGACCUGCAAGAUACCGAACGUCCCGUCAACCGACGACGACGACACUCGUUUUUCCUACCGCGACGAAAGUCAAUAGUUGAGACCAUCAUGGACGGGGAAGAGGGCUUGCUGCUCAAGGUAGACUUGUUCCUCUCUGAGUUGGAGCGCCGCUUGGACUUUAUCGAGAAUUACUACGGCGACCUCGGCAGAGAUUACAGUUUCUCUCGCGCCUUUGCCACUCUGCAGGCCGUUAGGACAAGAUGUUCUCAGGCCUCAGAGGAGGUCAUCGGUGCCGGUAGGCGGCGCCUGCAAAUCAUGGUUGAGACACUAGAGAUGCGCUACCAAGAAACUUUGACAGCGGCCGAGUCCAUGCAUGAAAAGGCACGGGUGGGCGUUGAUCUCCUCGAAGAGAUGCUCUCCGAAUUUGAAGCGCGCGCACACAAGCUGCGCGAGCAAGGUCUUGCCGGCGCCACCACUGCCGCCGAGGCCUUCAUGGACGAAGGUCGCCGCGUUGCGCACGAGAGCAUCGAACGAGCCAGGGGAGUCAUGGACGAAGGUCUCGAAAGGGCCCGACGAGCAGCACUGUCUUUGGAAGAACACAUUCAGCAAGCCAUUGUAAAGGCAAGAGAAACACGCCUACUUCACUACAACGACCUGCCCACCCCUUGGCGCAACAACCCUCACAUCACCAAGGGCUAUCGCUUCACCGAAUCCAAAAUCGAAUGCGUCCAGUCCGCCUUCAACAUAUCCAACGAAUUUUUCAACAUUUGGUCCCACGUCAUUGGCCUUAUCCUCGUCCUCUCCGUGGCCUUUUACUUCUACCCUGCCAGUGCCAACUUUUCCCUCAGCUCCAAGAGCGACAUCUUUGUUGCCGCCGUCUUCUUUGUCAUGGCCUGCCUUACACUGGUUUGCUCGACCAUUUGGCACACCAUGAACGCCGUCGCUGACGUCGAUGCAAUUUCCAUAUUUGCCUGCGUCGACUACACCGGCAUCUCCCUCCUGAUUGCCGCCUCCAUCAUGACCACCGAGUACACCGCGUUUUACUGCGACCCCUUGAGCCGCUGGAUAUACAUGUCCCUCACCGCCGUCCUGGGCAUUGGCGGCGUCAUUCUUCCAUGGCACCCCAAGUUCAAUGGUAGCGACAUGGCUUGGGCCCGAGUCGCUUUCUUUGUUGGACUUGCCUUGACGGGAUUCAUGCCGAUGCUGCAGUUGUCGUAUACCCAUGGCCCCGACUUUGUCGUCACGUUUUACUCGCCGAUAUUGAAGUCGAUACUUGUCUACUUUGGCGGUGCCAUUGUCUACGCGAGCAAGAUUCCGGAGAGAUGGUGGCCAGGCAUGUUUGACUAUGUUGGCGGCAGUCACAAUUUGUGGCAUGCUGCCGUCUUGGGAGGCAUACUGUUUCACUACACGGCCAUGCAGACAUUUUUCUCGAACGCAUUCCACCGUGCUGAAGGUGGCUGUCCAGCGUACUAG